AUUAACAGGAACCUUCCGAUGAGGAAUGGAUGAUUUAACGCACAAUGUACAACUGUGCCUGGAUUCGGCCAGGAUUCACGAAUCCAAGAUCAAGUUCACCGAAAAGAACCUGGGUUUUAUAGUGAAGAGUCUGAUUGCAUCAAAUACCUUCAAGGAGUUGAAAACAGUUCUAGCAAUCAAGAAUCAAGACUCUCCCUGCGUGAUAUUUAUGGAACCUGGUGGACUCAAAGUCGGGAAAAUAAAUGUUAGAAGAUUUAUGUACAAGACGUUUCGUGAUCCUGAGUUAGAGUCUAAGAUCAACCAGUGGAAUAUUACUUGUGGCGACGUUUCUUGUAUCAACCCUUACCACGUGGUCUUCAAAUUAACAUUUGCGGAUUUCUUCAACAAAAAUGAGCACGAAAACGGACGAAAUUUAUGAGAUCUCCUACUCAUUCUGGUAGAACUCCAACACCUUCUGUUGGAACUCCAUCACCUGUUGGUAGAACUCUGACACCUUAUAGUAGAACUCUG